CGACUUCGCGAAGCAAAUCGGGGAAAUGUUAGAACAGCUCUCUUAUAUUGAUGAUUGUGACACGCUUGGCCAGAAAACAGACAAGAGAGAUAUGCACAAGGCACUCGUACUGGUGUAUCAGAAACUCCUAGAGUUCUACAUCACCGCAUUUGAGGUUUUAUCCAGGAAAGGAGUGAAGCUGGUGAUGAAGAUGAUUCCGGAGAACGACUGUCUGCCAAACAUUGUCAAAGAGUUUUCGAAAUAUGCUGACAACCUCUGGAACUUUGUGCAAAAAGCGACGUGGGAAAUUGUUGAGGAUAUCAAAGCUAUGCUCUACUAUCAUGAAAGGAUGUUUUCCCACACUAAAAUAUGUUAAGUAUAAUCUAAUCAAUCCCUAGUUGCGAGGUGGUUAGGUAGUGAGAAGAUGAGCCGGCAAAGCCAAUACCAUGCUUAUUUACAGGAGAUUCGAGUCGACGAGGCUUGCAAAUUCUUGCUGAAAGAUGCUAAAUUCAUUAACUGGCGUCACGCUACCGAUUCCCAGCAGCUAGUGAUUCUUGGCGAUAUAGGUUGCGGGAAAACUGUUAUGAUGGCGUAUCUCAUAGACGAGCUACGCCGACGAAAUGAGCACCAGUUGCCUCAGCCCAAGAUAUGCUACCACUAUUGCCAGAACGACGAGAUUGGCCAGGCUAUCUGCACAUUCUCUGUCCUACUUCUAUCACUC